AUGUCUCUGGGUGAACUGCUGAGCCAGUGGCGCGAUGCCGACUGCAGGGCGCAAGUGACCGCCAUUGCGCAGAGCAAAGCGGACGAGGACGUAUUCGCGGUUGGUUAUGAGGACGGCAGCAUCCGUCUAUGGGACUCGAGAACAGCGUCGAUCGUGAUCUCCUUCAAUGGCCACAAGACUGCCAUUACCCACCUCGCCUUCGACAACUCCGGCGUCCGGCUGGCCAGCGGGUCGAAAGACACAGACAUUAUUGUGUGGGACUUGGUCGCCGAGGUGGGACUAUUCAAGCUUCGCGGGCACACGGAUCAGAUUACGUCGCUACAUUUCCUGUCGCCAUCCUCUGGCGACGCGGAUGGAGUUAUGAGCGGAGCUGGUCAGACUGAGAGCGGAGGAUUCCUGCUAUCUACGGGGAAGGACGCCUUGAUCAAGAUCUGGGAUCUCGCAUCUCAGCAUUGCAUUGAGACACAUGUUACGCAGAGCAAUGGCGAAUGUUGGAGUCUAGGGUUGGCACCAGACCAGAGCGGCUGUAUAACGGGAGGAAAUGACGGCGAGUUGAGGGUGUGGGCAAUCGACGAGAGUGCAAUGCAAGAAGUGGCCAAAGAGAAGGUUGGUUCAGAAAACAGGAGGAUUUUGAUUGAACGGGGGACAUUUUAUCGUCACAACAAAGACCGCACCAUCGGCAUUAGUUUCCAUCCGCGCGCAGACUAUGUUGGCUUCCACGGCUCCGAGAAGGCUGUCGAGAUAUUCAGGAUACGGUCCCCGACAGAAGUCCAGAAGAGCUUAGCAAGGAAACGGAAGCGAAGGAAGGAGAAAGAGGCCGAACGAGCUGCAGACGGGGAGAACGCAGCUGGACAAGCCGACAGUGAAAAGCCGGAAGACGCGUCGUCCGCGCCAAUUACGGAAUACUUCGUACCGCAUGUCAUUGUACGAACAGGAGGAAAGGUGCGGUCGUUCGCCUGGAUGACCAUGAAGUCAAGCGGCAACCUCCAUCUCCUGGCGGCAACGAACAAUAACGAAAUCGAAACCUUCAGUGUCGUGACGGCGGCAAAAAAGAAAUCCAAAGACAAUGAUGAGACAGAGUACAACCGGGUUCUGGCCGUGGAUAUACCUGGUCAUCGAACGGACGUUCGAUCCCUGGCCCUGAGCUCGGACGACCGAAUGUUGGCCUCUGCAUCCAAUGGCAGUCUGAAGAUCUGGAAUGUGCGGACGCAGACAUGUCUGCGUACGCUGGAGUGCGGCUACGCCUUGUGCUCAUCCUUCCUUCCGGGUGACAAGAUCGUCGUGGUGGGCAACAAAAACGGCGAGGUGGAGGUCUUCGACAUUGCGUCGUCGACUCUCCUUGAGACUAUCAAGGCGCACGACGGACCGGUUUGGUCUCUUCAUGUUCACCCGGAUGGCAAGUCCAUGGUGACCGGAAGUGCAGAUAAGACGGCCAAAUUCUGGAACUUCCAGGUGGUCCAGGAAGAGAUCCCAGGAACCAAGCGUACCACGCCGCGACUCAAACUCGUGCACACCCGUACCCUGAAAGUCGCAGACGACAUCCUCAGUCUCCGUCUCUCUCCAGACGCUCGCCUUCUCGCGGUGGCUCUGCUGGACAACACGGUCAAGGUCUUCUUCACCGACACACUAAAGCUCUUCCUGAAUCUUUAUGGCCACAAACUCCCCGUCUUGAAUAUGGACAUCUCCUAUGACAGCAAAUUGAUCGUUACGUGUUCGGCCGACAAGACCGUUCGUAUCUGGGGCCUGGACUUCGGAGACUGUCACAAGUCGUUCUUUGCGCACGAGGACAGCGUAAUGGCCGUCGCAUUUAUCCCCAACAACAACGAGGGCAACGGGCAUCAUUUCUUCAGUGCCAGCAAGGAUCGCAGAAUCAAGUACUGGGACGGCCAAAAAUUCCAGCAGAUCCAGAGGCUGGACGGCCAUCACGGCGAGAUCUGGGCUCUCGCCAUGAGCCACUCGGGUGAAUUCCUCGUCAGUGCCAGCCACGACAAGAGCAUCCGGAUAUGGCAGCAGACGGACGAGCAGCUCUUCCUGGAAGAAGAGCGCGAGAAGGAGCUGGAGGAACUGUACGAGAGCACGCUGACAGCCUCCUUCGAGCAGGAGGAGGGAGAGGGCGGCGAAAAGGCGGAGGCAGUCGAUGCUAGCAAGCAGACCGUCACGACGCUCAUGGCGGGUGAAAGGAUCAUGGAAGCGCUGGACCUCGGCAUGGAGGAUCUGAAGCUGAUGGAAGAAUGGAAGGAGACCAAAGCCCGGAAUCCCAACGCGGCACCACCGGCCCGCAACGCACUCUAUGUCGCGCUGGGCAACAUCUCCGCGGAGCGACACGUGCUGAACGUGGUGCAGAAGAUCCCCGCGGCGUCGCUGCAGGACGCGCUGCUGGUGCUGCCCUUCUCCAAGCUGCCGGCGCUGUUCACCUUCCUGGACAUCUGGGCGAGCCGGCAGUGGGCGAUCCCGCUGACGUGCCGGGUGCUGUUCUUCAUGCUCAAGACGCACCACCGACAAAUCGUGUCCAGCAAGAUGAUGCGCCCGAUGCUGGACCGGAUCCGCUCGACGCUCCGGCGCGUGCUGGCCCAGCAGAAGGACGAGAUGGGCUUCAACCUCGCUGCGCUGCACUUCAUCGGCACCCAGGUGCGCGAGAACAGCCAGCGGGACUAUGUCGAUGUCGACAAGUGGGAGGAGCAGCAGAUUGCCAAGAAGACGGGCACGAAACGGCGGUAUAUCACUGUUGCUUGA